CUUUGGCAACGUGACAUCCUAUAGGCUGGAGGCUCGUGGGGCACCGCGCGUUUAAGAGAGAAAAGUCUAAUGAUGAAAAUGUAACACUUUGGCACACAGCUGAGCUCAGUGUGGAGGUGCGGUCUGUAUCCUGCGCAUCAAUGGAGAUAUUUGGUAAGUGUAGAGCGCCAAAUAGAACCAGUACCUCACCAGGUGUGUUUGGAAAUUAGCCGGGGCUCGUGCAUCUACUCCACUUCGCGCCCAUGAUCUUUUCGGUCCUCGGUGCGCCGCUGCAUCCUUCUCACGGACAAUGAAGACGACUCGCAGAUGCAGGACCCUUCUGUCGGUUAGCUUGAACUUCUUCGCCCUGUUCUUCUCAAUUACCGCGUUUAUAACGACUUACUGGUGCGUGGGGACCCAGAGAGUCCCCAAGCCAAAGUGCAGCAAGCUGCGGACACACCAGUGUAUAGACUACGGAGUGAACGAGACAGACCCGAACAAAGUGGUGUACAGCUGGGAGACCGGGGACGACAGGUUCCUGUUCCGACAGUUCCACACCGGCAUCUGGUUCUCGUGCGAGGAAAAUAUCCACGAUGAAAGUGAGAGAUGCCGAAGCUUCAUCGACUUGGCCCCUGCAUCAGAGAAAGGGAUGCUGUGGCUGUCACUGGUUUCUGAGAUGCUGUACAUUGUUCUGCUGGUGGUGGGCUUCAGCCUCAUGUGUUUAGAGCUGGUCCACUCCAGCAACGUCAUUGAUGGACUCAAGCUCAAUGCCUUCGCUGCUGUCUUCACUGUUCUCUCAGGUCUUCUUGGCAUGGUGGCUCAUGUGAUGUACACACAGGUCUUCCAGGUCACUGUCAGCCUCGGUCCACCUGAUUGGAGGCCCUACAACUGGGACUACGGCUGGUCCUUCUGCAUGGCCUGGGCGUCCUUCACCUGCUGCAUGGGAGCAUCAGUUACCACCCUCAACUCCUAUACGAAGACAGUCAUCGAGUUCAGGCACAAACGCAAGACCUUCGAGCAAAGCAUCCGGGAGGAGCACGCACGGGAGGCUUUCGGAUAUUACCGGGAACGCUCCGUGCACUCCAUCUCCAACUCUGUAGAGGUUUAUUCCAGCCAUACCCCGAAAAGUGUCAGGAAAACUCCCAUACCUGCUGACUCUCUGGACCUGAGUGACAUUGCAGCAUCUUUGGGGGAAGAACAGUGCUGAACAGGACAGGACAGUAGGUGGUGGCAUUUCUCUCAGUGUGGCAGCUUGAUGGACGGAAAGCGCUGUUGUCCGUAUGUGGCUGGUGUUCAGUACGGGAUGAACACCUAACAGGAUUUCAGGCUACAUCAUUAGCUCAUUUAACACUGCCUUAGUUGUGGAUGUGUUGUUGGCAUCAGUAGUCACGGAGCUUCAAGUCACAUAGGAGCUUCAAACUGGAAAAAGUGGACAUGAAGUAUUUGAAAGAGGUGUUUUCUCUGUUUUUGUAACCCACCGCAAUGUAGAUUUAAAAGAAACUGUUAAGUAUACGUAUAUAUAUAAAUAGAGUGAGGGUAAUAGCCUUAUUAAACAUGUUUAAGUCAAUUAAAGACACCCUGUCUUUGCAUUGAUUUCUUAAUUGACAGUUUAACUGGUUUUCAUUCAUUGUGAAAUCAAGCUAAAAAUACUUAACUGCAAAUGUGCCUAUAUAUAUAAAUUGUAAAUAAGUUGUGGAGUGUAAGUGUGCAGUAUGUUUCUACACAGAAUGGUUGUGGAAAAUUGUGCGUCAUUUUUCUUUUGGAUGUUCACAAUCAGUUACUUUUAUUGUCUCACGAAGCCCGAACGUGCAUUUGUAACACUUUUCGUUAGACAAUGUCAGGACAACCUGCAGAGACACAGACCUCUGUAGCAUCAAAGCUCAUAUGAACACUUAUAAUGGCGCGAUAAGGAUGAUCAACAGUCUGUAUAGUAUCACUCAUUUCCAGUACAUUAUGUAAUUUUCAUUUGAUGUUUCUGCUUUGAUUGGAGGAAAAUAAAUGCUCAAUGCUGUGAAAAUGUCUCUUCAGACGAAUAUGCUGGUUAUUAAAGUCCUCCUCCACUCAAAAA